UUUUAAACACGUGGAUAAUUUUUAUAUACAAUCACACACUUGUACAAAGCAAGUGAACAAUGAAAUAUAUAUGUCCUCUGGGACAUUGAGAGAGGGUUUACGAUCAAUAUCACUACCUCCCACAAGUUUUCACUAAAUGCACCCACAUCAUGUUUGUAUGUUAAAACUAUUCGCAGUUUCAUCCCUCCAUUGGUGCAAUUUUUGUCUAGUAUAUAUGUUAUCUAAAUUAUAUUUCAUCAUAAAAUCUGCAAAUUAAUUUAAUUUUUUUUUUUUAUUUUAGAUUUAUUUAAAUAUCAAUAAUAUAUUUUUUUUAUUUUUGUUUUACAUAUAAAUUGAAUGAUACUUUAUCGAAGAUACCGAGGAAAUAGAAAUUCUCAUAGCAAAUAUGAAUAUAAAGGAUUUUAAUUGAAAAGAAAAAACAAUGGGCUUAAUUUACAGAUGCAGCAGACGAGAAUGCUCAGCCUUUCAACAAGAACGAUGCUGAGGCUAAAAAAUUUUAGAGUUAAAAUCAAGUCACAUCUUUAUCAAGUCCAUUUAGCAUGAUAAUCUGACUAUUUUUUUUUUUCAAUCAAUAUUAAUCAAAUUUCAAAAAAAUAUAUAUUUUUAAUCUGAAUAAUUAUUAUAAAAGAUUUAAAAACCAGUGAGACAUGAAUAUAAAUUCUGGUGCUAUGAAUAAUACCAACUACCUCCCCUACAUGUACAAAAUAAAAAUCAUUGAAUAUAGAUUUGAUUUUACCAUCAUCAAGAUAUAAGAUUAAUGAAAUUUUUAAUUGAUUUAAAAAUAAUUAAGUGACUGUAUAUUUGAAUGGAAAAAAAAACAUAAUUAUAAAUUCUUCAAAGUGUGAAGCUGUAUAUAACUAUUAUACCCAAGUGAAUUAUCAAAUUAAAAAUUUAAAUUAGAUAAAAAAAAAAGUAGAUUGAGAGAGAUCAGAAGAGACUUAGAAUUAGAAUCAAGAAAUUUAUUAAGUUAAAAUAUAGAAUUGAAUAGAAAAUCAAAAAUGUCUUUGGCAUAUGAUGAAAGUUUACUAUGGCUGGUAGUACUAGGAUUUAUGGUUGCAUUUGUGCUUGCAUUUGGAAUUGGUGCAAAUGAUGUUGCCAAUAGUUUUGGUACAAGUGUUGGUGCUGGAGUAUUGACUGUAUUUCAGGCUUGUAUAUUAGCAACAAUAUUCGAAAUUGCUGGUGCUGUUUUAAUUGGUUACAAGGUAUCAGAUACAAUGAGAAAAGGAAUUCUUGAUGUUAGUUUAUACAUUGGACAUGAAAAAGAGCUUAUGGUUGGAUCACUUUGUAGUCUAGCUGGUUCAGGUAUAUGGUUACUUCUUGCAACAGCAUUAAAAAUGCCAAUAUCUGGUACUCAUUCAAUUGUUGGUGCAACUGUUGGUUUUUCACUCAUUUGUCGUGGAACAGCUGGGGUAAAAUGGAUAGCAUUAGCAAAUAUUGCAGCAUCAUGGUUUGCAAGUCCACUUUUAUCAGGACUUGUAUCAGUAUUAAUAUACUGGUUAAUUAAAAAUAUAGUAUUAAAAUCAAAUAAACCAAUUGAACAAGGUUUACGAGUCCUUCCAAUUGUCUAUGGUCUUACUGUAGCAAUCAAUAUAUUGUCUGUCGUUCUUGAUGGACCAAAACUUUUAAUGCUUGAAAAUAUACCAUGGUGGGGUAGUUUAAUAUUAGCAACAAUAAUUGGUAUAAUAUCAUCAAUAAUUGUUUAUAUAUUUGUUGUACCAAAACAACGUAAAACAAUAUUAAAUAUUAAAAAUAAUAACAUAAAUGAAAAUUCAACAAAUUUAUGUGUUUGUGAUAAUAAAAAUGAAACAACUGUAUUAUCUGUUAUUGGUGAAAAUUCUGUGCCUUUAACAGUAUCAUCAAAUAAAAAUAAUAAUAAUCAUGAUGAUGAUAAUAAUAUAAAGCCAACAUUGAGAGGUAACACAAGUGCAAGUCCAUUAUUAAUGAUACAAAAUGAUAAUGAUAAUGAACAUGAUAUUGUUAUUGAUGAUAAUAAUGAUACAAAUUUAUCAAUUGAAAAAUUAUUUUCAUUUCUUCAAGUAUUAACUGCUGCAUUUGGUAGUUUUGCACAUGGUGGUAAUGAUGUUAGUAAUGCAAUUGGACCAUUAAUUGGUUUAUGGGCUGUUUAUGCUGAAGGUUCAGCAAAACAAGAAGCUGAAACACCAUUAUUAAUAUUACUUUAUGGUGGUUUUGGUAUUGCUGCUGGUUUAUGGAUAUGGGGUAGAAGAGUUAUACAAACACUUGGAAAAGAUCUUGCAACAAUAACACCAAUAACUGGCUUUACUAUUGAAGUUGGAGCUGCAGUAACUGUUUUACUUGCAAGUAAAAUUGGUUUACCAGUAUCAACAACACAUUGUAAAGUUGGAUCAGUUGUUUGUGUUGGUUGGGCAUCACAGGGUGGUGAUAGUGUAUCAUGGAAAUUAUUUCGUAAUAUUGCUUUUGCUUGGCUAAUAACUGUACCACUUGCUGGGGUAUUAAGUGCUGGUUGUAUGCUUUUUAUGAAACAAUUUGUAGAACUGUGAUUUUAUUUUUUCCAUUGCUUCGAUAUAAUAUAUAUUUUAUUUUAAGACAAAUAGUAUUGUAUUUAAAAGAUAUAUAUAUUAAAUAAAUUUGUCAAUAAGAUAGUUAUUAUGAAAAUAUCGCCAUGACUCAUGCUGAGUUGGUUGUCAAUAAAGUUUAUUGAAAAGUAUAAAUUAAUUGUUGAAUGGAAAUAUUUUUCUUUCGUCUUUUCUUCAUCUUUUGCCAACUUUUUUCAUCCACCAUUUC